AUGGCCCGUGCAAGAGAGGAAUACCUGAUGACCACAGUCAUCAUCCCCAACCCGGUCGACAUCUCUAGGCAAGACCCGCGCUCCCAGAACCCCAAGCAAGAUCGGUUCAUACAUCACAGACCAGACCAGACUGGAUCCCGUCAGAAAGAUCUGAAACCCGGUAAUUUUCAGAAAGAUCUGAAACCCGGUGAUUUUCAGAAAGAUCUGAAACCCGGUAAUUUUCAGAAAGAUCUGAAACCCGGUAAUUUUCAGAAAGAUCUGAAACCCGAUGUUACUGUGACGGGUGACGUGGCUGGUGUUCCAGACGCUACUGUGACGGGUGACGUGGCUGGUGUUCCAGAUGCUACUGUGACGGGUGACGUGGCUGGUGUUCCAGACGCUACUGUGACGGGUGACGUGGCUGGUGUUCCAGAUGCUACUGUGACGGGUGACGUGGCUGGUGUUCCAGACGCUACUGUGACGGGUGACGUGGCUGGUGUUCCAGACGCUACUGUGACGGGUGACGUGGCUGGUGUUCCAGAUGCUACUGUAUAA